GCCAAAGUGAUCAAUUUGUCAAUGAUGAAUUACACAGGAACAUGUCAUUCACUCGACAGAUCAGGGCGGAAUGUGGAAGUUUAGAGAUAAGGAGGGCGAAUUAAAAAAAAAAAAAAUCAGUUCUUUUGAUUUUUCCACUGGAACCAGUAUAAAUCAAUUACAAGAUACGUAAAGAAAUUACGAAUAAAUAUAUUAAUCGAAGCCUAUCAUGCAAAAACGCUCGGAUUUUUUUCAUUAACAUAAAUAAAUCAUCUUAAUUUCACUCUGAGGUCGACGCUAAAUUAAUAGAAACCUAGCAUAAUGUCACUGUGGUAAAUAAAGCAUAUAAUGGAGUGACGCCCUGGGUGUAUAGUUUUUCAAUACCUCAGAGCAAUCCAGUGUAUUUAUAUUAUUAGGGAUUCUCUCAGUUUAGUACAAGACUUAAAAAAUAAUUUUUUUUAGCCAAAUCUUUGAAUUGAAUGACGACACGACUCGGGGAUGGUGAGCAAAAAGCCACCUUGGAUCUAUUAUGAAAGCCGAUAAGCAUAUUUCCCUAUCUUAUAGGUCUUUAACUGAUGUAAAUAGAUGAAGCUUCAAAUUAGUCAUCGUAAAUGGUUGCCUUAUCUUAGUUAUCGAGUGUUGUAAUUGGGUCUUAACAUAGAGCGUCCUUUCACAUGGGUAUAGCGUCCGCUUGACGAUCAGAAAAGUGUUUUAUCUUUUAAAAUGCUCAUUCAAAUUGAAAGUUCUCGUAUUUAGCACCUUAUUACGGCCAUUGAGCGACUGUGUUGAUUUUUGUUGUCAACGUAAUUAAGCAAGGCGAGGCAAAAUAACUGAUUGUUUAGUCUACGCUAGGAAUCGAAAAUCCAUUAAUUCUUGGUUGAGUGCCAUGAAUAUACCGUAAAUGCGACUGUAUGAAAACAAAUUGGAAUAAUCUAUAAUGGAACAGUUCAAUCAAGGCAUUCAAGCGAUCAAAAAGCACUAUCUUUGCUGGAAAACAGCGCAAAUUAUGGUAGAACUUUACCCAUGAGUGGUUGACUGUCUCCACAGAGAGCAGCUGGGAUCUCGACCGAAAUCACGAAAAAGGACUUUUCAACCGUUGUCGUUAUUAUUUCAUAACGACUGUGCGCGAGUACAAAAUGAAUUCGAGUGUAAAAUUUUGCGUUGAUUCGACUUUGUCAACAGAACUGGCUCGUUUCAAACUUUCUCCGAGUGUUUACCACAUCCUAAUGGGCGUAUGUAUUGCCAAUGGUCUUUUAUCGCCCUUGGCAGUAUUAGGGAACGGGCUUGUACUCGUGGUAAUCUUGAAGUUCUCGAGCCUGUACACCAACUCAAACAUUCUGAUAUUCUCGUUAGCUACGACUGAUAUUCUCGUCGGGUUAGUGGUACAGCCGUCAUUCUUGGCCUACAUUGCCAGCAAGAUCAAACUGAAUUUCUCCUGCGAGGCACUCAUGUCUUACUUAUUUACCGAGAUUUUCUGCCUUGGUCUCUCCAUCUUCAUGCUCUGCCUUGUGUGCUGUGACCGAUACUUUGCAAUCAUGUUUCCUUACAAGUAUCUCACCUACGCCACGAAGACCAGAGUGAUUAAAAUAGUUGCAAUUUGUUGGGGUACGUGGUUUGCGUUUAACGUUAUCUGCAGAGCACUGAGGGUGAAAAACGAUGAGUUCUUCUCACCCGUCGCCUCUGUUGUUAUCUCUGCAAGUUUCAUUCUGAACAUCAUUUUGAAUUUCAAAAUCUUCAGAGUUGUCAGGCUUCACAAAAGGCAAAUUCUCUCCCAUAAACAAGCCACGCUUCCCCGCGGGAAACUCGAGAGAUCUGGACAAGACAAGGAUGUCCCGAGGGCGCGUUUACCCGAUACCCGCCUAGCUAUCACAGUGCUGUUAAUCUCUGGAGUGUUGAUACUUUGUUACUUGCCUCUUAUGCUGACCUCUGUCGCAGACAUGAUUGUAGAUGAAGACGACUUGUUCGAUCACGUGAUUUAUCCAUUAGCCGAGACUGUGGCAUUCUUAAAUUCUUCGCUAAAUCCGUUUCUUUAUUGCCUGCGGUUCAGGGAAUUAAGACGCAAAGUUGGUCAGGUUUUAAGGAUGACGAGCGGUUCAAAGAACAAUCUGCGUCAUGUUGAUGGCUCACACUGAGGCAUCAAAUCUGCGUUUUAAACUCUACUUUUCGUUACAAUAACUUCACAGUCGAUCAGUUAUAACAGACCAGAGGCCCCAGUUCCAGAGGUAAAUCGUUAUCCGGUGGAAAAGCGAAUUUUUUUUUUUCAAAAAAAAAAAAAAAACGCUUUCUACCGGAUAGUGAUUUCUUCUGGGGGUAGCGUUAGUAUCAUGAACAACUGUGGACAAAGUUUUACCACCAGUUCCAUAUGCAAUGGCUGGUUCGAAACAGAAGCCUAGGCUCGCUUGCAAGUGUAUAGAAAUAAAAUUAAAAUAACUGAAGGGCCCAUUAACCGAUCUUUUCGAGCCGUUGCUAAGGAAAAUUUAUUCUCAUAUAACAUCAUUUUAGUUAGUUAGAGUUAUUUCCUGUUUUUCAUGAUCAGUAGUACAAGUGAUGACGUCAUCAGGCCACGCUCUUGGUCAUGUGACUAACACUGAAAAUAUACAAAGGUUC